CCACAACCCCGGGAGUGUAUCUUGUGGCGGUUGCUAGGACACGGCUGUAAACAGGCUGCAACAUGUCCGGAUACCUCAACCUGGAGCAGCUGAUGGCAGCAGUGCCUGCACACUGGGUCUGGAAGGAUGACACAAACACACUUGAGUUAGUCAGCAACACACUAAUUGUUCCUGAACCUAAAGAAAAAAAGUCAACAACUAAAGUUCGAACUCAUCUGGAGCCUUUUGACCAAGACUUUGAGAAAUCAAAGGUUGGCAUUACCAGGCAUAGUAUUGCUUUGCUGAAGAAAGCAUUAAGCACUGUGAAAAUACAAGGAUCUGCACUUGAACUCCCGCAAACAAAAACUCGACCAAGUCUAAAUGUUACGCUCGAGGAUGUUAAAAGUGAGCAUAUCACAUGCAAUAUUACGCUUUGCAUGCUUCCGUUUCUCAAUCACUGCCUCCAAUUCAUUUUCAAAGAGGCAGCUUUCCUUUUGGUGAGAGGAAGUGGUUCACUGAGUGUUUUGCCGUUGUUUGAGCAGAUGUUGAGGGCUCACCAUAUGAAUAAAUUCCUCAUGAUUUUACUCAACUAUUUCUCUGCAUUUCUUUCGAAGCAUGAGUUGGAGUCAAAGACCAGCAAUUUUAUGACUGCUAUGGAGCAAAUCGAGAUAGCUGAGGCUAUUGCUAAAAUGGACUUGGCACAGAAACUGCUGGCUCAGAUAUACUGCAGGAUGUUACUAGGCCUUGGCAUGGCUGAGCAUCACCACAUGGCAUAUGGAAAGGCAAUGGGCUUAUCCACUCGUACAGACAGGCAGCUUUAUGAGUGCCUUUACUCCUUCUGUGCAUAUGUGAUAUGGGUGACGUUUGGGAGGAAAAGCCUAGAUGUGAUUGAGCUGGAGCUAGGAAGACUGCUUCGUUCAGAGAUAUUCAACCCUGCUCAGAAUGUGAAGAAAGAAGAACCAAAACCUAAAGGUUCACAAGAAGGUUCCAGGCACCUUCAGCCAAGGAGACCUCCGAUAAACACCAUCCUGAACCAACGCUCGCCGGUCCUUUCGUCACUGAUCCAGACCCCUCGCGAGAAGUCAGCAUACCUCUUCAAACAGCACCGUGUGAAUCCAAAGUUCCAAGCUGAAAUGGCAGAUGAGAAGACCAAGGUGGUGGACCUGAAGUUGGAGCUGUCUGAUAACAUUGGGAUCAUCGGAGAGCCUUUCUCAAACUUCUUUUCAGACACACUCAUCCCCAUUGAUUCUUACAUCGAGAAUGAGGGGGUGGAGGAGCCAGAAGACGAGGAAGCUGAGCUGCAGAAGAGUGGAUACUCAAAUUUAACAGUCAUGGACUCCUCUCUGGGAGAUAUGAACUCCCAGUAUCAAUUCCUGGACUUGUCGAGGGCCACAACAGUCGGUACAGACUCUGACUACAACCUAUAGAUGAACUGGUUACAAUAUUGAAGCACUUUAACCUAAUCAGGAGUAAAUCAUGUGCUUUUAGGUUGCCAGUUAUUUUCUUGUCUCAUGGGCAUCUCUCCCAGUUCCAUACCCUCAAUCUACCUUUGAUUGUAUUAUGCCGAAGGAGAUCGUAUUGGGCAAUAACCCCUAGAUGCAGCAUUGCCUCGUAGACUUGACCACAGCCACCCCUCCACACACACACACACACACAC